AUGACGACUCGUGGAUGCGGUCGAACCUGGACGCCAAGAGAAUAUGAAGAAGGCACACCGAGGGAUAACCAAGCCACACUCCUGGCUGCUAUGACUACUCUUGUAAAUGCUAUGCACACAAAUAUUGUGGCUACAAACCAAGCUAUGGAAAGGAUGAACGGAAACAAUAACAGACUUGGAGGAAACUCAGUUGAUGGAUGUUCGAUGACUUUAGCAACCUUUUUGAAGGUUAAUCCCUCAAUGUUCAAGGGUUCAACUGAUCCGACGGAAGCCUACAAUUGGUUCCAAGCGAUAGAAAGGGCAUUGCAAUUGAGUGCAGAAGCUCAAUACUGGUGGCAAGGAGCUCACCGUCUGCUGCAGCAAGGGAAUGGAGAUGAGGCUAAGAAAUUGGAGCUACUACAACUAAAGCAAGGAUCAAUGUCAGUGGCUGCUUAUACGAGCAAAUUCGAAGAGUUGUGCCAUUUCUUAAGGGUUUGUCAAGGUGCUCCUAAAGGAUAUAGGGGGUGGAAGUGUAUGAAGUACCAAGAUGGUUUGAGGGACUAUAUCAUGCAAGCUGUGGCGCCUCUUGAGGUUAAGAGUUUUGCGAAGUUAAUUAACAAGAGUGGAGUGGUGGAAGAGUGCUGCAGGAAAACUGAUAUAGCAAGGAGUGACAACCGGGAGUCCCAUGAAAAGGAUUAA